CCGGCGCCUGGCUGGAGGGCGCCCGAGAGCCCGGAGCAGGGCGCCGGGAGGCCGGUGCAGGAGCGGGCGGAGUAGGAGGAAGUGGUCGGCAGCGCGGCGGGCGCCGGGCAAUGGUGCUGCCUUGGUUGCUGCUUGGGACUGCACGCAGGGCGGUCCUCGGGUCAGUGGAGGCUGCGCUCUGCGGUUUAAAGUCAAUAAAGAGAAACCACCACAAUUUUUAUACUGCUAUUCCUAAAGAUGUCACUUAUAAAGAACUUAAAAACCUGUUGAAUUCUAAAAAUAUUAUGUUAAUUGACGUUAGAGAGGCAUGGGAAAUUCUGGAGUAUGGAAAAAUCCCUGGAUCUAUCAAUAUACCAUUGGAUGAGGUAGGUGAGGCUCUACAGAUGAACCCAAGAGACUUCAAAGAGAAGUACGAUGAAGUAAAGCCAUCCAAAUCUGACAACCUAGUGUUUUCUUGUUUAGCCGGAGUGAGAAGCAAGAAGGCUCUGGACACAGCAAUAUCUCUGGGCUUUCACAGUGCUCAACACUAUGCCGGCGGAUGGAAAGAAUGGGUAACCUAUGAAUUUUCAGAGAAGAAACAAGGAAAUUGAAUUUUUGGAAUACAAGUUGGCUCUUUCCUUGUGUACAUGCAGCCAAGGAUAGUGGAAUGAGCAAGACAAUAAAAAUCUAGUCCUGGCACCACUAGUUAUGGUAAGGGGAUUGUUGUAUAAGUCAAUUAGUUGUUGAAUCGUUUUCUCACCUGUAAAUUGAAAAGGCCAUUCUCCCCUGAGAUAAUGCAUGUUACUUACCAUGGAAAUGUAAGGGUUGGGAUUAUAGGAAUUAAUUUUAAGUAGCUUAGUAUUAUUCACUAGUAUUCUAAAAGACCAGAUUACUUACAUUAUCUAAUCACGUAUGACAUUUGUGUUAGUAUUCCUUCCAUUCAAAGAGGCUAUGAGGUAGACCUGCAGAUUAACACGCAGGUGUGACCUUAAAAAAUCAAUUAACCUAUCCAGAGAAGUCGGUGAAAUUUGAACAAGAAAAAUACAUUAAUGGUUUCUAAAGACUUAUAGCAGUGUUAGGACCAGCAUGGUAAUGAUGAAAUUUGCACUUUAAAAAACUAAAAUUAAUAUGAUUACUGUGGGUAUUAAUAAUCAGAACAGUGGUUGCCGUUCUAGAGGGAAGAAGAUUAAAUGGAAAAGGCAAGGAGGAGCCAGUCAUGGUGGUUCAGGCCUGUAGUCCCAGCACU